AGAAGAAGAAGAAGAAGGUAGAGGGAGAGCAGGACAUCAUCCUCGUCGGUUAUAAGUGGAGGAGUCACCACGGGCCAAGUUCAGUCGUCGCGGGGUAACUGCCACGGACGCGCACUUUCCGCCACCUCGCACUUUUCUGCAUCUUUCGGCGCGCUAGACGAUGACGUGUGGAGCUCAGUGAAGAAAACUGUGGCCAUCAAGCAACCCCGAGAAGAAACCCUUUGCUCAAUCUUUGGCUGAACUUUGCUGUAUAAGAGACAAUUUAUACUUCAAAGCACAGCCCACUGAAACCGCGACAUGACCCCGAGACAAAAAAUCACCCUCGGGUGGUUGCUCCUGGUGGGAUGCGGUACCCUGGCCAGCGCUCAAGAAUUCGACUACCAAUACCACAUGCCCAUGCAUAAUGACAUGUACAUGCAAUACUAUAGAGGUUUUGGAGAUAAGUUAUUCGGCAGAAGUAACGGCGGUAAUGGCUUCAAGUGCGAAAGCGAAGGAUUCCACGCUGAUCCCCAAGAUUGCACGAAAUUCUACCGGUGUGUGAACUACGGAGAAAGUCAGGGCCUCACAGCCUUCGAGUUCCGUUGUAGCGAAGGCACCGUUUACGAUCCUGAAAUCACAGCUUGCAACCACCCUUGGGCUGUUUCUGGUCCUUGUCACGCUGCCCAGACUGGAGGCCCUCAGCCUGAACCCGAGCCUGCUGGUUCCGCUCAGGGCGGCCCUCCUCCUCAGAGCAACCCCGAACCCCCUCCGCAGAGCAACCCUGAGCCUCCUCCACGCAACCCUGACAAUGAACCCGAGGAGCCCGCACAGAGCAACCCUGAACCUGCUCCCAGCAACGAAAAUAACGAGGUCGAGGGAUCGCCCAACGACGAACCGCAGAGGGAUUGCAAAAGCGAGGGUUUCUUUGCCGACCAGGAAGACUGCAAGAAAUUCUACCGAUGCGUGUCGAACGAGAACGGUGGAUAUGACGUCUACAACUUUAACUGCGGAGAUGGUACGGUGUUCGACGAGGAAUCCAGCGUUUGCAAUCACCCUGAGAACGUAAAAGCUCCCUGUGGAACUGGAACUGGCUCUUCGAGCGGCGGCGACAACAACGAGAUGGACAACGAGAUCGAUAGUGGCUCCAGCUCAAAUUCAGAACAAACCACGUCAACUACCACAACUGCUGCGCCUGCCCAGCAAGAGCAGACCACGACAACAACGACCACUACCACCACCACCACCACUACCACAACCCCUGCACCUUCUUCAGGAGAAAAGGAAUCUGGAGAACAGCAGCAAGGAUCUGGAGAACAGCAGCAGGGAUCUGGAGAACAGCAGCAGGGAUCUGGAGAACAGCAGCAGGGAUCUGGAGGACAAGGCAGUGACUGCAAACCCUACAAGGGCGAGUGCGAGUCUGAAGGUUUCUUCCCCCACCCCGACGACUGCAGGAAGUUCUUCCGCUGCGUCGCGAAUGGAAAGGAAGGAAGCUACUCGAAAUACGACUUUGAGUGCGGAGAGGGUACCGUUUUCGACCCUGACAACAACGUCUGCAACCACGAAAAUACCGUGCAGAGGGACUGCAGCAAGUCUCCGUCCAGCCAAAAUCAGACUCAAGAAGGUGGCCAAGAAGGUGAAGGAGGACAAGGCGGUGAAGGUGGCAACGGAGGCCAAGGAGGAGAGGGUGGCCAAGGAAGCAAUGGUGGAGAUGGAGGUCAAGGAGGCAAUGGUGGAGACGGAGGUCAAGGAAGCAAUGGUGGAGACGGAGGCCAAGGAAGCAAUGGUGAAGACGGAGGUCAAGGAGGCGAGGGUGGAAAUGGAGGCCAAGGUGGCGACGGAGGAAACGGUGGAGAGGGAGAAAAUCAAAACAAUGGUGGAGAUAACGGCAGCAGUGGUGGUGAAGGAGGAAACGGUGCUUCUGGUGAACAAGAGCAAGGAGCUGCAGGAGAAAAAGAAGAGGAAAUUGGGCAAAUUGAAGUGACUGAGAGUUCAGCCACUGAAGCUGGAGAAGGAGUUAGCGAAGGAGGAUCUCAAGGGGGCAAUGGACAGGAAGGAGAAUCGCAAGUGUCUGAAAGCUCAGUCACUGAGGGGCAAAAUGGCGGAGAUGAUGGAGAAACUGACUACGGCGAACCUAUUAUCGAGGGAGAAACCGCAAAACCUGUUACUGAAACUGAACAGGGUGGAGAAGGAGAAGGUGGUGAAGGAGGAGAGAGUGGACAAGAGGAACAGAGCGAAGAGAAAGGACAGGAGGGCGAGGGAGGUCAAGGCGGAGAAGGCGGCCAGGGUGGAAAUGGCGAGUGCUCUGCUGAAGGAUUCUAUCCCACCCCUGGAGAUUGCAAGAAAUUCUACCGCUGCGUCGACAAUGGCAAGGGCGGAUUCACCAAGUACGAGUUCGACUGCGCCGAGGGCACGGUUUUCGACCCCGAGUUGAACGUUUGCAACCACGAGAGAGAUGUUCAGCGCGAUUGCAACAAUGUUGAGCAACAGACUACAACUCAGAGCUCUUCUUCUGAGCAGACCACCGCCCCUCCUGCAUCAAUUGAGCAAACGUCUGCUCCUGGAGAGGAGGAAGGUAACAACAAGGAAGAGACAACUACCUCAUCAGGAACCACAACUACCACUGCUUCCAGCAGCUCUUCGAGCGAGAGCACCACCGAGGCCCAGAAGGAGUCCUCGUCGUCUCCUCCACCACCCCCUAACUGCACCCCCGUCGACCCCAAGCCUGCCGAGGUGAACUGCACCAAGGAAGGAUACUACCCUGACUCCACCGAUUGUGCCAACUUCUACCGUUGCGUCGACUGGGACGACAAGGGCGAAAAGUUCUCUGUUUACUUCUUCCGCUGCCCCAACGACACCAUUUACGACCCAGCCAUCAACACUUGCAACCACCCUGAAAAUAUCGAUCCCCCUCGCGACUGCAGCAACCAAGAAGAGCAAACCACCACUGAGCAGGGUCAGGAAACGACAACUGCUGGCUCAUCUGGAUCUGAAGGUACCACCGAGGGCACCACCACGACCGCGAGCUCAUCUGGAACGGAAGGCACCACCGAGGGCACUACUGAGGGCACCACUACCACCACCACCGCAGCUCCUGAGACCACGACCGAGGAUGCCGGACCUCCGGCCGAGCAGGUGCAGACUACCACUGAGGCUCAGCAGACCACGACCGAAGCUACCGAAUCCAGCACGGCUGCCGGAAGCACGACUGCUCCCACUACAACCACGGCUGCCGAAACCACCGAGGAAUCCACCAAGAGCCCCGACGAACAGAGCACCACUGCCGCCCCUGAGGAAUCUGGCUCAACCGAAUCCAGCGGUGGAGAGGGAUCUCAAGAAGGAGAAUCGCAGAAGGGCGAAUGCAACAACCUCCAGCCCGGACAGCACGCCUACGUUUGUCCCACUGGCUUCAGACGCCAUCCUAAGUACUGCAACAGGUUCUACCAGUGCACAGAGAAGGAGGAAACCGAAAUCAACGUUCUGACCCUGAGUUGCCCCAACAACACUGUCUUCGACAAUGACAAGCAGCAGUGUCUGUCACAAGAGGAAGCCGAAAAAUGCGACGGAGAAUUUGCUCAAGAAAAUUCCGGCAGGAGAUUUAGAAACAGCAAGGCUGUUGUUCAGGUUGGCACGAAAUCACUCUGUCCCGGCGAGGGAUACUUUGCCUUUGAAUCAGACUGCCAACACUUUAUUAAGUGUACCAGGGAUGCUAGGAACUACGUUUCAGGCUCGGUCAACCGUUGUCCGGAUGGCUUCGUCUUCUGGGACGUUUCGAGGCGUUGCGAGCUGGAGAGACGAGUCGCCAGAAAGUGCAACGCUCGCAGCCGCGACGUGUUGUCCUGGAACUUGAACGUCGACUACUCAAACGUCGGCAGACGCAGCAGGCAGCUGCUCCGCAUGGAGUGAUUAAUUAGACUGCCCUCACGAGCACUUGCCAGGAAUUUAACGCAACAAAACAGCAAAAAAAUCAGCCUCUUUACCAAGAGGCCGCGGGGUAUUACAAAGGUGGAGGUUUAGUCUGUAGACGACAUCGCAACAGGUGCACCCUUUUGAAAAUCAAAAUCGAAAAAAUCUGAGGGCGUGCACAGUUGGAAAAAUUGGCAGGACAGAAGUAAAUUCAUGAUAGGCUGGUUACAACUGAACCGAAUGAAUUCAUAAAAGUAUUUAUUUAGCACCGAUUAGGAAUUUUAGUUUCAAAUUUUGAUGAAUUACUUGGUUCAGUUUGUGCCUAUAUUAUCUCAUUGUGCCAUCUGAAACCUGCACUCUUUCAAUCUUAUUUAUUAAACUAACGAAGCAUCCGUAAAAAGGCUGUAAAUAUUAAGGACUAAUUUUUCAAAAUAAAGUGAUACUAUUGUA